AGAUGCCCAACCUGGAGGAGUGCGGCUACAUGAUGCCCCGCGAGCGCGGCUCGACCGACGAGGUGCGCAUCGUGCGCUCGCACCUUCCCUACCACAAGAUGCGCAUCAACCCGAUGGCCAAGUACAUCUACGUGACGCGCAACCCCAAGGACUGCUGCGUGGCCAUGUUCCACUACAUCAAGCACCUGAACAUCUACCGCUUCAAGGAGGGCCAGUGGGACAACUUCUUCGAGUGGUUCAUCCGGGGCCGCAUCUGCUACAACGACUACUUCGACCACAUCAUCCACUACUGGGUGCACCGAAAGGACUGCCACGUGCUCUUCCUCACCUACGAGAACAUGACGCUUGACCACAAGAGCCAUAUUUUCAUGCUCGCAAACUUCAUCGGCGGCGUGGCUGGCACCAUGGUCAAAGACCGGCACAUGCUGAAGAAGCUGAUCCACCGCAGCUCCUACUCGUACAUGUCGCAGUUUUUCAAGGAGGAGAGCCACCUGGGCAACUUGACCAAGGGCCGCAUUGGCGAGUGGAAGGCCGUGUUCUCGCCCGCACAGGCGGCCCGCCUCGACCGAAAGUUCUACGAGCGUUUCGGGAACAGCGAGAUCGCCAACCUGUGGCGCUACAUUGUGCGCUUCGACCGACCCGCCGCCUGAAAAUUUGCUUUAGCCAAGAGGUGGCACGAGAUAUAAUGGAACGGUAUUAUUGUGGCGCCGUGAACCUUGUCGAAAUAUGUCGAUGAGCCUUU